CAUUUGAGCUAAAGAGAAUCUGUGACGUACACACCAUGCUUUAAUGAACUUUUAACACAUAACACUUUCACCUGAUUAACUCGAUUAACUUGCUGCAGUUUAAAAAACGGUAAGAAGAAGAAGAAGAACUCCAUCUUAAUUACACUAAUGGACAAGACAGAUGAGAUAAAAAUCUUGAAAAAAACAGCAGGAAAACACAAGAGACAGGUGAUGUAUAGAGAAAAGGAUGGAGAACCAUCGUCACCGAAGUCAGGUGAGAAAAAGUAUCGUCCUGGAGACAAGCAGCUGAAAAGCUCAUACUCAGAGAAGAGAAGCUCAGGAGGGACGGAGAGAGAGACUGAGAACAUCAGGUCAGGACAGAAGGGAGGAGAGGGAGAGAGGAAGACAAAGCCGAAGAAAAGAAGAAUGAAGGAAAAAGGAGUAGGUGUGUCGAGCGAUGGAGGAAGGCCUGGAGAGAAGAGAGGAAGGACAGGAAGUGGGGACGAGGACAGACAGGAUGUGAGAGAGAGUCAAGGAGUGAAGGAAAGCAGAGGACAAGGAAGCAGAAAGCAGAAUGUGAGAGUUUGGAGUGUGUCAUAUUCCUCCACAGUGGAUCAACCAGGUGGAGACAAGACCAUCAGGCAGGAGACACACAGGCAAAUGAGGGAUGAGGUGGAUGAGUGCAGUCAGGCUCAGACUCUCACACACACAGACACAGACAGGAAGCAGGGCAGAGAUGAGAGGGAUCAGGCAGACGGGAGCAGUGAGGCAGAUCAGUAUGUCUCAUGGGUGCAGUGUAGCAAGCCUGAAUGUGCUAAAUGGAGACAACUGAGAGAUGGUGUUGAUCCUUCAGCUUUGCCUGAUGACUGGACCUGCUCAAACAACACAGACCCUGCUCUCCGCAGUUGUUCGGCUCAAGAAGAGAAGUUCAGUGUGGACAAUAAGGAGAUAUUUUUCUACAGUCUGGUUCCUGGAUCACUGGUUUGGGCUCGGCAAAGUGGCUAUCCCUGGUGGCCGGCGAUGGUCGAGCGAGAUCCCGACACUGGGGAAUAUUUGGAAUUCUGGAAAGUGUCUGAUCUCACCCCAUAUAAGUGCCAUGUGACGUUUUUUGGAGAACCGGUGACUCGGGCCUGGCUCGUCUGCAGCAGGGUGAGGGGCUACGCUGACCUGUCUGAGGAGCACCUUCUCAAGGAAGCAGACAAAGCCCUGAAGGAUUCCAUGCGUAUGGCCAAGGAAGCGCUCAAACUGUCUGUGAAGGAGCGGUUAGAGAAGUUUGGGUUUCUUGGUCGUUACGUGUCAGACAGAGAGAGCUCAGAGGACAGUGAUAUCGCAGAGAUGUUGGAUCUGUUUUUUGGGAAGGCUGAAAAUGAUGACAGCAAUGAGGAUUUAUGGAGUAAAAAGCAGAAGUUAACAGGGAGAAAACUAAAAGAGAGAAAGAGAGAGAGGAAGAGGAGUGGACGGGCAAGAGAUAACGACGAGACACGUAGAGAGGGGGACAGGAGGAAAAGAAUGAAGAAGAAGCUAAAGGAAGGAAAAGAGGGUCUAACUGAUAGUGUACCUGUGAAAGGAGGUAAAGAAAAGAAAUGUUCCACUCCUUCAUUCACUCUCCCAGAGAAAAAGAAACAGCAGGGAACAGGCACGGCGGACCAGACUGUACCUCAGAGCAACAUGGAAAUGAGCACUGGAAGAAACUUUGACCUGGAUAUGCACUCCAAAGGAGAAGAGAUGCUUAAAGAGAGAGAGAGGAUGAACCCUAGAGCAGAGGAGGAGGACAGAGAGGCUGGAGAAGAGAGAGAGGAUGAUGAGGAUGGAUGUGUGGAUGCCCCUGACAGAGGAGAAGAGGAGGACAGAUUGUCCUUCAUGCUGCUGAUGAGGAGUGAGGACUAAACGCAGGUGUGUGAUUUGGGACGAGGCCUGUGUGUUAUUUUGCAGUAAUUACAAUGUGUGUCAGUCUCGGGCUACGUCCCAAAUCACACAGUUCCACACUAAGUAGUGUGCACUACAAUGUUAUGUUCUCAUGGUUAUUGUUCUGGCACAUGUGUGAUUUAAGAGCCAAAGUGUUUUGAGUGUACACACACACACACACACACACA